AUGAGAGCUGAUUAUGGUAAUUUUGGAGAUGUUGUUUGCUUUGACACAACAUACAGGAAGAACAAUGAAGGUCGUCCAAUUGCGUUGUUUGUGGGUGUUAAUCAUCAUAAGCAGUCCAUAAUUUUUGGUGCAGCUUUAUUAUAUGAUGAAACAUCUUUGACAUUCGAGUGGUUGUUUGAUACAUUUACUAAAGCUAUGUGUGAAAAAAAACCAAUAACUAUUCUUACAGAUCAAGAUGCAGCAAUGACAAAGGCUUUGACUUCCAAAUGGCCUGAAACACAUCAUCGUUUGUGUAUUUGGCACAUUUAUCAUAAUGCGGCAAUACAUUUGAGUGAAGUUUUUUCUGAGUUCAAAGAGUUUACUAAAGAUUUUGCCUCGUGUAUAUAUGAUUUUGAUGAAGAAGAAGAUUUUAUUUUAGCUUGGAACAUGAUGUUGACCAAGUAUGCACUUGAAGACAAUGAUUGGUUGAGACACAAAGGUAGUUUGGAUCCAAAAACUUGCAACAGUAUGCGAUAUAAAGAAUUGAGUGGAUUAUAUGUUCAACUGGUUACCAAGGCAGCAGAGAGGGAAGAUACUUACAAGGUUGUUAAAGAUGGUUUGUUGAGUAUGUUUCAGAUGGUGGAUGAGAGGUUACAAGUUAAUGAACCAACUUCCCAACACUCUAUUGAAAGAGAGUUUGAAAGUGGCAAAGGAAACUCUCUUGGAGUCAAAGGAAUUAAAACAAAGAAGAAACCGGUUUCAGGCUUUAGUGCUGUUAACUAUACCAGAAUCUUUUUUCUACAGCGGGUUUUCAGCAUAGAUACAAUUGUGAAACCUCUUCCUCCUGCUAUGCAAUAUAACGUCUCCAGGAAUUUGAGUUUUUUUACUCGGAUCUUUACACAAUUUUGGGAUCAACUUCUGUAG